AAAUUAUCAAUCAUUAUUAGUUUAUCAUCAUCAACACCAUCAGUCACCAAUCCAUCAAUCAUCAGUUGAUCAUCAUCAUCAUCAUCAUCUCUCAAUCAUCACUUACAAAUUAUCACUGUGAUCGACGUCCUCUGGACGAGAGACAAGCGGACACACGAAGCCAGACCAACGCAAUGGGAGCCCCGGGACAGCGACCGCUGAUGCUGUUCGCGGCGUCUUUGUGGUGCUUCGUAGCAGCGCUACCGACUGCGAGGGCUUUUGACAGGGCUCCCACUUGGAAGUCUGUGGCCCGCGUUCUGCCCUCGAGCCCCUCACUGAGCCCCCCUUUCGACGAGCGGUUUGAGACAUGGUUCUUCGAGUGGCACCAGGGCUACUCGCAAGAGGAGGUGGCGGAGAUAGCCUGCAACAUGCUGCGGUGCCUCAACGACAUGUUUGACCUUGACUCAUUCAUCGCAGCGAUGAACGCCUCUCACAGCCUCCGAACGGACUCUUCCACUGCGUCCACGGGCGCGAUCUGGCCGAUCGACACCAUCAAUGGAAAGAGGGUCUCGGGCGCUGACCUCCCAAUCGUAAUCUCCAUUGGGGACCCAGCCUCUGACGUGGUGACGGUGAACCAACACGGGAAGGGAACAACUGGCCACGAAGAAUUGUUGCAGACCACGGGAAUCGCCACCAGCCCGCGUAUCGAGUUCAAAGUUCUCCAUCCCCGGGGAAGGCCCUGGUCACCCGUGAACGCCGAGGUGUUGGUAGCCCUGAGCGGCAUGGCCCUGCUGGUCAUGGGAGGGGUGGCUGUGGCGUCGGUCCUGAAGAGAAGGCGGACCCGUGGCCAGUACAAGCUGGUGGCCGGAGUGGCCAAGGUGGAGACGAGGGCCUGACAUUGGCGUCUUUUCGUUUGGCCCAGCGUGUUGUUCUGCCGGAGGUUGGCGUCUCAUCCGCAGCCUGACUUGACUUGAGUAGCAGGCGUACGUAAUGGUAAACAUGUCCUUGGGCUGCUGAUGUAAAAUCACGGCCAUUUUACUUCCGACCCGUUGUAAUAAGCAGCCAACUUAUUCAAUUCUGGCUGGGCUGCAGAUGAGACGCUAAGGAUAGGCGCAUGUGUUAAGUUUGGCACCCGUUUUUUGACACUGAAAUCCGCGGUGGGCCGGGCUACAUUUAGAUCCACCCUUCCUUCUAUCAAUGUAUGCCUUGGGAUUAGUGGGCCAAUGCCAUUUUUCCCAUUGAUUUACCCAGCUGGUCAUGAUUCGGUUUGGGCUGCGUAGAUGCUGAGCGUGCGAACAACAGCAACAAUAUAAUACGACAGGUGAAUAAGAUGGUAACUUAUCGUCAGGUGGCGGUCGUGCCAGGCAUUAGCAAAGCAAGCAUCAGCUCGAGAAUCAAAGAUACUCAAGGGGUCACGGAUAUCAUGAAAACAUGGGUGGGGCUGUAUCAAAUAUCAGGCGGUGGCUGCGCCUGAUGUUGAAAUUCUUUUGCACCGUACGUAACCACGGGUAGAAGGGGUUUCACAACAUUUGUGUGUGGUGAUCGACCAACCCCCGCUGUGGCCUUCAUAGUGCUGGCUCACAGACAGCCAGUAGUGUAAAUGGGAAACACCACAGGCGAUGUGGUGGGGUAAAGCGUUGGGGUAUGCACCCACUUCUUCCAAGACGUCUGGCCAACGUCGAGGAGCAGACCAAAAUAGCCACUAUAAUGGCUCUGCUUCAGAUAUGUGACCCACUUCCUUUUUUUAUUUAGUAAAUCUUUUGUGGCCUGUUAGGAACCGGCCACACAGCAGGAGGUGAGCGGUGAGUCCACGCGUGGCCCGCCCAUUAUUUGAUUUACCACUUCCAUCCGCGCCUCUUUCCCACACUGCGCACUUGUCUCAUUCACAGUUUUGGUAAGCCCACAAGCUGACUCUUGCCAAAAUGAGUAAAAAACAAACUUCGCUGGAGAGCUUCUUUGAAAAGGGGGAAAAACCCAAUGAUGAACGCCCCCCCCCCCUCCGUCCGUGAAAAAUUUGUCUUCCACGAAACCGGUCCCUGGUGCCAAAAAGGUUGGGGACCGCUGGUCUACAGUAUUAUUACAGCUGUCGCGAUGUUAGGACAUGCGUUUGAUUUGCUUGAUGUUGCUGUGGCGUUUCGUCAUUGUUAUCCCCUCCGCUUGGUGUGCGCGUGUUUUUCAUUUUUAUUAAAAUAUUUAAACAUUUAAG